AUGUCCGGGCUUCCCUUUGUCGCGCAGGAAGCCAAGCCGAUCUUGGCUAAUGGCCACCUUCGAUUCAAGUCAGCUCGGACCUGUAAUACACACGACAGGAAGGCAGAAGCGAAGAUGCUCCUGACGGUGCUCCGAAAGCUGGGUGUUGCAGAGAAGGAUUUGCAAGGAGAUCACUGCGAAAUUGAAGGGGUGAGAUGCUGGGGCGGGGUGGAUCCGGAGGCUUGGUCGCUCUUGGAAAUGAUGUUUCAGGUUUAG